AUCAACAUGAAAAUAUUAAAAAUGUUGGGAAUACUUGUGUUGAUUAUGAGCUUAAUUGUGAUGGUAGCAUUGGCAUCCAACAACAGUAUUAGUAGUAGUAGUAGUAAUGCAGUGAGCGCGAUGUUUGUGUUUGGCGAUUCAUUGGUGGACAACGGGAACAACAAUUUCUUGAGGUCUAUUGCCAAAGCAAAUUAUUACCCGUACGGUGUCGAUUCCAGGAGUGGCGCCACCGGGAAAUUCUCCAAUGGCGAAACCUUUGUCGAUUACCUCGGAGGCUGGUUGGGUCUUGCGGCACCGCCUCCCUUCGCCGCUCCCACCACCACCGGACCAAAUAUCAUGAGAGGAGUUAAUUAUGCUUCUGCAGCCGCCGGCAUCCUCGACGAAAGCGGCCAACACUAUGGCGAGAGAUACACCCUGAGCCAGCAAGUGAUAAACUUCGAGACAACGCUGAGCCAGCUCCGAACCAUGAUGCCCCCACCCGACCUAACCCGGCACCUCGCCCGGUCCAUCGCGGUGCUCGUCUUCGGCAGCAACGACUACAUCAACAACUACCUCCUCCCGGGGCUCUACCCCUCCAGCUUCACCUACAACCCCUCCCAAUUCGCCACCCUCCUCCUCAACCGCUACGCCCGCCAGCUCCUCGCCCUCCACUCCGCGGGCCUCCGCAAGUUCGUCCUGGCCGGCCUCGGCCCCCUCGGCUGCAUCCCCGCGCAGCGCGCCUCGGGCCAGGCCCGCUGCGUGGACUACGUCAACCAGAUCGUGGGGCCGUUCAACGAGGGCCUCAGGGCCCUCGUGGACGCCCUCAACGACGGGUCCCGCCCGGGCUCCAUGUUCGUGUACGGGAACACGUACGCGGCCAUGGGGGACGUGCUGAACAGCCCGGGGCGGUUCGGGUUCGAGGUGGUGGACCGCGGGUGCUGCGGGAUCGGGCAGCAGGUCACGUGCCUGCCGUGGAUGCCGCCGUGUUUCAAUCGGACGCAGUAUGUGUUUUGGGAUGCCUUCCACCCAACGCAGGCGGUGGAUGCCAUACUGGCCAGGCGGGCCUACGCCGGCCCGCCUUCCGAUUGCUAUCCGAUCAAUGUGCAGCAGCUCGCUCUUAUCAACUUCGUCCUUUGAUUUUCAUCAAAUCAUACAUACACCAUCUCAAUAAAGUUUCCUAUUUUCCUUAAAUAAGAAAAUAUAUGAUUAAA